UGUGUGCAACUUCCUGCCAGUGAGGAAACAUUCGUUCAAAUCAGCCCUGGUUCUCCUUUCCCUGCUCUGGCCUCACAGGAGGAGUUGGCAGUGAGCUGUGGGCUGCACUGGCCUCAGCCAGACUUCCUGGCCAAGCUCAGGAGGAGAGAUGCCCUGGACUGUCCUGCUCUUUGCAGCCGGCUCCUUGGCCAUCCCAGCACCAUCCAUCCUGCUGGUGCCCCCACACCCCAGCACCCAAGAGGACCCCAUCCACAUCGCCUGUGUAGCCCCCGGGGGCUUCCCAGGGGCAAAUUUCACGCUGUACCGCGGCAGGCAGGUGGUACAGCUCCUGCAGGCCCCCGCGGACCAGCUGAGGGUCACCUUCAACUUGACCGGUGGAGGCAGGGAGGCUCCGGGGGGCACGUUUCACUGCCAGUACGAGGUUCUAGGUGAGCAGCCGCAGCUGUCCGACCUCAGUGACACUGUGAGUGUCUCCUUCCCAGUGCCCACUUGGAUACUGGCACUCUCCUUGAGUCUGGCUGGAGUUCUCCUUCUCCUUGCUGGGCUGGUGACUAUUGCCGUGGUGGUCAGGAGAGUGAAAGUAAAAAAAAUGCAGAAGAAAAGAGAGCGAGAAUCCUGCUGGGCCCAGAUCAACUUCGCCACCACAGAUAUGACCUUUGACAAUUCCCUGUUUGCCAUCUCUACGACAAGAACAUUGAAGCUAAUUAUGGGCCUUAAUGGGGUCAUCCAGCUAGGCAGGUGCAGGACUGGGAUGGAACCCCAGCCAGCUCUCACCUACCAAGCUUUGGUUUUAAAAAUGAAUCCAGAAGAUCCAGCCACGCUGGAUGCUUGCUCGGGCUCCGUCGAGACACCUGGCAACUUCGGGCCCCGGAAAAGGCCCACUUCCACAUCUUCCUCGCCCGAGCCCCCCGAAUUCAGCACUUUCCGGGCCUGCCAGUGAGGCUGAGGAUCGGGGGCCCCUCUGUGUCUGUGCACUCUCCAUUCAGCCCCCUCUCUUGAGGGCCUGAGGUCGCUCUAGCUACUUUGGGGUUUCUGGCUGCUGCUUUCUCAGGGAAUUGAAUAGAGGAGACCAAGAGAAUCCUUGGCCUUGGGACCUUCCUCGACAGAGGAGCAGGAGUGACAGAGGGGUCGCCCACAUUGUCCUGGAAGCUGGACAGAAAGUGGGAGCACUCUUUGGAUUCUACCCAGGAAGGAGAUGUUAGGAUCCCUGUGGCUCUCAGCUGGGCCAUAAGAGGUCUGAAUUCUCUGCACACCCUUCCAGUUUCCUCCUCCUCCUGCGGCGUCUGACUCGACCAGCCCAACUGGGUUUUUGGAGCAUAGGGUACCUGGGGGUAUGUUCUGUAUGUCUGUCCUACUGGCAUGCCUAAGUUAUUAAUUAUAACACGUGUUGAGCUGUU